CGAUCAAGAUCUAACGGUCCAGAUCCAUUCCCUCUCCUUCUCAUUCUUCUGUACUUCUCUGAAAAAAAAUUCUUCUUUGUCAUCGAAAAGCCGAUCGGGAGGAAAAAUAGAUUCAACGGCCGUCUGGUUACUGUCUAUAUCACCGUUUCGACGAUUCAUCUUCUCCGAGCAGAUCUGUAUUUUGGUUGAUUAUUAUUUUUUGCGAUGGCUGCUCCGCCUGCUAGAGCUCGGGCUGAUUACGAUUACCUCAUAAAGCUCCUGUUGAUCGGAGACAGCGGUGUGGGUAAGAGUUGCCUCCUCUUGCGUUUUUCAGAUGGCUCGUUUACCACCAGUUUCAUUACAACUAUUGGAAUUGAUUUCAAGAUACGGACUAUAGAGCUGGAUGGGAAGAGAAUUAAGCUGCAGAUAUGGGAUACUGCAGGACAGGAGCGGUUCCGCACAAUCACAACUGCAUACUACCGUGGUGCCAUGGGCAUUUUGCUUGUGUAUGAUGUGACCGAUGAAUCGUCAUUCAACAACAUCAGGAAUUGGAUCCGUAACAUUGAGCAGCACGCUUCUGAUAAUGUCAACAAGAUUCUAGUGGGGAACAAGGCUGAUAUGGAUGAAAGCAAAAGAGCUGUGCCAAAAUCUAAGGGCCAAGCUCUUGCAGAUGAAUAUGGAAUCAAGUUUUUCGAGACUGUACGUUGUGGUUGUAGAUUUUGUUAUGCGUCAAUAUCUAUAGGAAACUUGGCCAUUCUUGUCACCCUGUUAACGUUGAUGAGUUUGCUCUUGCAGAGUGCCAAGACUAACUUAAACGUUGAGGAAGUUUUCUUUUCAAUUGCUAAAGACAUUAAGCAAAGACUUGCAGAUACCGAUGCAAGGGCUGAGCCACAAACAAUCAGAAUCAACCAAUCCGACCAAGGUGCAGGGACAUCUCAAGCCACUCAGAAAUCAGCGUGUUGCGGUUCGUAAAAACCGGAUCCACGACGCCAUCAAAGGAGAAGAGAAUAUGGCUACUGAUGAGAAACAUGUUAUACUUUAACCUUUGGAAAAGGAAAAGAAAAAGGGAAAUCUUCUAUGCUUUUCUAGACGAGAUGGCGUUUUCUACGUAUUCUUUGAAUUUCUCUCUUUCCCCUAAAUGGUAUAAUGUGAUUUGUGAACGACACAUAUUUUCUAGUUAUGCUAAAUCAGUUUGUCACAAA